AUGCGCUCGCAGUUGAUCCAAAUCACGUCCAAGAUGACUGCCCUCGCAAAAUCCGGAAGCAUAUCACAUGCUCGAAACCUGUUCGACCAAAUGCCUGACAGAGACACGAUUGCAUGGAACGCAAUCAUAAGUGGAUAUUCCCACCAGGGACUCCACCACGAAUCCCUUUCUUUAUUCAACCACAUGAGAUUCAGCAACGUUAAGCCCGAUCACUUCACGUACACUGCAGUACUAAGCGCUUGCGCGGGCCUAAAGGAUCUGAAAUCGGGCCAAAGGUUUCAUGCUCUGGUUAUCGUCUCAGGCUGGAAUUCUUCUCUGCCCGUUAAUAAUUCCUUUAUCGACAUGUAUGGGAAGUGCUUGAAAACCUGGGACGCUCGAAAAAUGUUUGAGAACAUGGGUUUUCUAAAGAACGUUGUUUCUUGGUGCUCGUUGUUGUUUGCUUAUGUGAAUGCGGGUUUUCUCGAUCUCUCGUGCCAUGUGCUUUUUGAUAUGCCAGGAAGAACAGUUGUGGCUUGGAAUACUGUUAUUGCAGGGUGUGCAAAGUGGGCCCAGCCUGAACUAUGUCUCGAUUUGUUCAAGAAGAUGUUGGGGAAGGAUUAUUUUAGCCCGGAUCAGUGGACUUUGAGUUCGGUUAUGAAUUCUUGUUCCGAAAUUUGUGAGCCGUGCUACGGUCAUAUGGUGCACGGUUUUAUAAUCCAAACCGGCUGGGAAAAUGCGGUUGAGGUCAGUAACUCUGUACUCAGCUUCUACGUAAAAAUUGGCGAGAAAGAUGAAAUCUUGAAAGCGGUCGAGGCUGUUACAACAUUCAACGAGAUUUCUCGGAACGUGAUCAUCGAUGCAUAUAUGAAGAUCGGUAAUCUCGAAGAAGCAUGCCGCGUUUUUCAUUCUUUGCCGGAGAAAAAUCUCGUAUCUUGGACUUCGAUGAUAGCUGGAUGCGUGAGAAACGGGCACGAGGAACGGGCUUUGAAUUUUUUUACCGACCUAACGAGAAGUUUUAUUCGGCCGGACGAUGUCACUUUGGGAGCCGUCCUGCACGCGUGUUCUAAUCUGUCGGCACUAGGCCGAGGUCGAGCCGUUCAACUCCACGUCAUCAAAUCAGGUUUUCAUGCCUAUUGUUAUGUGGGCAAUAGUCUCGUGAACAUGUACGCCAAAUGUGGGGACAUUCUCGAUGCUUAUCGAGCUUUCGAGGAAAUCCCGUUCAAGGAUUUGAUUUCGUGGAACACGAUGUUGUUUGCGUUCGGAUUGCACGGGCAGCCCGUUCGGGCCCUGCGCGUUCUCGACGAAAUUUCGUCUUCUGGGCUUAGGCCCGAUAAAGUGACGUUUAUCGGGCUUCUGAUGACGUGUAGCCAUUCGGGCCUGAUUGAUGAGGGCAUAUCCCUUUUCGAGGCGAUGUCUUCGAAAUACGGGCUCUGGCCCGAUACCGAUCACGUUGCGUGCGUGGUGGAUAUGCUCGUUCGUGGCGGGAAAUUCGAAAAAGCCGAAGAAUUCGUGAAUAAUAAGUGUCGCGAGGGUUUAGAUGGGAAUGCGAAAACGGGCUUAUUGGAGGUGCUUGUGGGGUCAUGUUCGGGUCGGGGGGAUUUGAAGAGUGGGGCUGAGCUGGCGGAAAAACUGCGUGCCCUGAGGCCAAGUGAUGAGAUGGGGUACGUUGUGCUGUCGAAUUUGUACUGUGCGAGUGGGGAGUGGGUGAGAGCUCAGGGUUUGAGGAAAGUGAUGGCCGAUCGAGGAGUGAAGAAAAUGUACGGUUGCAGUUGGGUCGAGGUAAGGAAUCGGGUUACGGGUUUUGUGGCGGGAAGUGGUUCGUUUUCUUGUAUGGAAGAGGUUUGUGGGGUGCUUUUACUUGUUCAGAGGGAGACGAGGCAGCCUGUGACUGUUUUUGGUUGGGAUGGGAUUACGUAG